AUGGAAUCAAACAGCACUUCAUUUACUCAAGAGCCAUCAUCCACUAUCCAGUCUUUACCAAUAUCGACUGUCAUUCGACCUGACUUGUCCGCGUUUACAUUCAGUCGUGUUCAAGGCACUCAAUGUACCAAACUUCCAAACACAAUUCCAAAAAAUGUUCCCUUCACUAUUGAAGAUUGCAAGAAUGCGGCACUGUUUGUGAUGGAUAUAUCGGCUCAAGUUACGAUUGAUUGUUGCGAAAAUACGUUCAUCUUAAUUGCUCCAUGUGAAGGAUCCGUAUUUAUUCGUGACUGUCAUCACUGUGUGAUUGUUGCUGCUGCACAACAAAUUAGAUUAAAAGGAUGUACUGAUAUCAAGCUAAGCUUGUAUACACACACACAACCAGUUAUUGAAACUUCCUCAAAAAUACAAAUAGGAUGUUUUCGAUACGCCUAUCCUGAGCUAAACGAGCAAUUCCGAGUUGCCAAAUUCGAUGUAUUAAAUAACGUGUGGCAUGAAGUAUUUGAUUUUAAUGACACAACUGGCAAAAACUACCAGAUUUUAAAAUCGCCAGAUGAGAUGGACGACUGGGACAUAAAAGCGCCAACUGGCGAGUCUGUGCCAGCUGUAGACACAAAAGGUGUCAAUUGUCCAGUUCCAUCUACAUUUUCUGUACUGGCCAAUCUUUUCCAAACAAAAAAGUCAAAAAUACAUGGUGCAAAAAAAAUUCCUGCAGCAGAUCUACCACACUCAAUUUUUGAGCAGGCCGCCCAAAAUGCCUUUACAUUUAUUUACAUCAUGGCUACAAGCCAGACUCCAGUUGAAGAUAAACACACGUCACAAAGCGGUCGUAUCGUGUGGGUGACCGAUCUGACCGAAAUCAGUGCCUUGCGUUCCCUCAUUGACAAAUUGCCUUGCAACUAA